ACACGAGCCUGGGGACCAGAGUGUUUACCAACUGCUGGGCCAGAGCGUCAUACCAGGCGCCAUGAAUGAGGCAUGCUGCCCACCAGCCACUCAGCCGCAGGAGGGCCCAGGCGGCAGGGUCAGGCCCCAGGGAGGAGAGGGGGAACAGGGGGAGAGUCGAGGACGAGCCAGACUGAUUCACAUGCAACCCACAUAACUCCCACUGUCACAGCAAAUCUCACUUAAUUUCACACCCCCAAGGCCACCAGAUAGGCAAGGAGAUUGAGCCCUCACGGAGGCAGAGCUGAAUGCUAAGGGAGUCGAAACACACACUCUGCCUCAGACCCCGUCAUUCACACUUCAGCCGUUCUUAAACACACUCAAACCUCUUCUGAAGACAUAAGCACACUCUUACAGCUUUCUCAAACAGACUCACACACACAAACACACACUGAUACUACUCUUGAAUUCGUGCACACUACCUCUAGGGCAGGAUUCCCCAACAGGCGGCCCGAAUUUGGCCCACGUGUGGUUUUAUUUUGCCCCCCCCCCCAAGUUUUAUGAGCAAAAAUAAAUAAAUAAAAAUGUUUAAUUUUUUUGCAUUUUCAUUGUUGGACACACAAGGAAAUCAGCUCUAAGUGAUUUUUAUUUUGGAAAUCUGUUCCCAAGUAUUCCCACGCAUAACAGAGAGAUACAUAUGAUCAUAUACAAAUGCAAGCAAGGUUUGACAUUUGAGUAAAAUAUUACAGUGGGGGGAAAAAGUAUUUAGUCAGCCACCAAUUGUGCAAGUUCUCCCACUUAAAAAGAUGAGAGAGGCCUGUAAUUUUCAUCAUAGGUACACGUCAACUAUGACAGACAAAUUGAGGGAAAAAAAUCCAGAAAAUCACAUUGUAGGAUUUUUUAUGAAUUUAUUUGCAAAUUAUGGUGGAAAAUAAGUAUUUGGUCACCUACAAACAAGCAAGAUUUCUGGCUCUCACAGACCUGUAACUUCUUCUUUAAGAGGCUCCUCUGUCCUCCACUCGUUACCUGUAUUAAUGGCACCUGUUUGAACUUGUUAUCAGUAUAAAAGACACCUGUCCACAACCUCAAACAGUCACACUCCAAACUCCACUAUGGCCAAGACCAAAGAGCUGUCAAAGGACACCAGAAACAAAAUUGUACACCUGCACUAGGCUGGGAAGACUGAUUCUGCAAUAGGUAAGCAGCUUGGUUUGAAGAAAUCAACUGUGGGAGCAAUUAUUAGGAAAUGGAAGACAUACAAGACCACUGAUAAUCUCCCUAGAUCUGGGGCUUCACGCAAGAUCUCACCCUGUGGGGGUCAAAAUGAUCACAAGAACGGUGAGCAAAAAUCCCAGAACCACACGGGGGGACCAAGUGAAUGACCUGCAGAGAGCUGGGACCAAAGUAACAAAGCCUACCAUCAGUAACACACUACGCCGCCAGGGACUCAAAUCCUGCAGUACCAGACGUGUCCCCCUGCUUAAGCCAGUACAUGUCCAGGCCCAUCUGAAGUUUGCUAGAGUGCAUUUGGAUGAUCCAGAAGAGGAUUGGGAGAAUGUCAUAUGGUCAGAUGAAACCAAAAUAGAACUUUUUGGUAAAAACUCAACUCGUCGUGUUUGGAGGACAAAGAAUGCUGAGUUGCAUCCAAAGAACACCAUACCUACUGUGAAGCAUGGGGGUGGAAACAUCAUGCUUUGGGGCUGUUUUUCUGCAAAGGGACCAGGACGACUGAUCCGUGUAAAGGAAAGAAUGAAUGGGGCCAUGUAUCGUGAGAUUUUGAGUGAAAACCUCCUUCCAUCAGCAAGGGCAUUGAAGAUGAAACGUGGCUGGGUCUUUCAGCAUGACAAUGAUCCCAAACACACCACCCGGGCAACGAAGGAGUGGCUUCGUAAGAAGCAUUUCAAGGUCCUGGAGUGGCCUAGCCAGUCUCCAGAUCUCAACCCCAUAGAAAAUCUUUGGAGGGAGUUGAAAGUCCGUGUUGCCCAGCGACAGCCCCAAAACAUCACUGCUCUAGAGGAGAUCUGCAUGGAGGAAUGGGCCAAAAUACCAGCAACAGUGUGUGAAAACCUUGUGAAGACUUACAGAAAACGUUUGACCUGUGUCAUUGCUAACAAAGGGUAUAUAACAAAGUAUUGAGAAACUUUUGUUAUUGACCAAAUACUUAUUUUCCACCAUAAUUUGCAAAUAUAUUCAUUAAAAAUCCUACAAUGUGAUUUUCUGGAUUUUUUUUUCUCAUUUUGUCUGUCAUAGUUGACGUGUACCUAUGAUGAAAAUUACAGGCCUCUCUCAUCUUUUUAAGUGGGAGAACUUGCACAAUUGGUGGCUGACUAAAUACUUUUUUCCCCCACUGUAUAUCUGUUUGGGAUUCUUGCAGUGAAAUUGCAGUCUUCAAAUGAUUUGUAAUUAUGUUCCGGCCCACCGACCAUCUGCUCAGGAAUCGGCCCGCGGCUGAAUCUAGUUGAUGAUCUCUGCUCUAUAGUAAGAGCCUGCACUGUAAAAAUAGAAAGACUCAAAACACCAUUAUUGUGUAAUGAAACAAUGAAAAGUAGCAUGCCUAACCUGAAAUCUGGUGUUUGGAGGGUGUUUGAAUGUAAACCAAUGGUAAAUGUUAUGAUAAACAGAAGGUGUUUUUAAAACAGAAUAGAAGUAUUCUGAAACACCCAAAGUGGUUGUUCAAUCGGAAUAUUGGUGUUUUCAAGAGAGUGUUUUGGGGUUUCAGUGCAUGUAAAAGGCAGCAUCAAAACACAAAAUAAAAAUAUAUAUGUUUCCAGACCAUGUCUCUCAUACAAGCAAAUGGUUAUGAUAUGCAAACAGUUUAUAGCCUAAAUAUGAAUUGAUGAUAACUCGGAACACCAAAAUAGUAUUUUCUAACUUUUCCGGUAGUGCUCCCAGUCCCUGGCAAGGUGUUGCUCAACACUUGAGUAGCCCUUUCCUGCAGUCAUAUGACUAGUGCCUUCAUGGGUGGAGUGUUAUACUUUUGUUUCAUAUUUUCAAAAUUAAUAAACAGUAUUAAAAAAAAACCCGCAGAAAAUUGGUUGUUUCUAUGUCAAACGGUUUUGUUAUAUUUUGGUCUUCUGUGAUGUAUAUAAAGUGUCAUAAUGGGAUGCAAACUAAAAAUGUUAUACAUUUCAACUCUAUAUCUGACAUAGUACAGGUGUCUUCUUUUUUCUAAGCCCAUAACCAUGUGUGUGAGGUGUAUACUUUGAUUUCAAAGUAGAUUUGUUUAAGACUGCCAAGAAACACUGUGUGACCCUGAUUUAGCUCACUGCAGUAAUUAAGUGGUGUUACAACACACCAUGUAAUGAAUGUUUUAAAACAUCUCAGGAUGAUGUUUCAAUACUCCAGCAAAGUUAAUGUUUCGUCUCCUUGACGUUGGUGGGAGCUCAGUUGCUUCUAGUUUGGUGUUACAAAGCACUUAAUUUUAACAGUGUGGAGACAAGAGCCUUACCUAUAUAAAUCACCAUGGGGACAUAAUGUGCAUGAGCCAACUGCACAGCAUGCAUGAAGUGGUUUUAUUAUGGUUAUUUAUUUGGGGCGUGACCCAGAAUGAAUCAGGACGUGAAACACCUCAUGGGGAUACACUGAAUUAAGAUAACUUGGCUGUGUUCUGAACUAAAGGCUAGAGCUGCCAUUUUCAAGGAGCAGUACGCUAAUCCGACGCUAAUAAGAAAUCCCACUACGCCCUUUGACGAACCAUCAAACAGGCAAAGCGUCAAUACAGGACAAAGAUCUAAUCCUACUACACUGGCUCUGACAUUUGUCGGAUGUGACAGGGCUUGCAAACUAUCAUGGAUUACAAAGGGAAACCAAGCCGCAAGCUACCAGUGACGCGAGCCUGCCAAACAAGCUAAAUACAUUCUAUGCUCGCUUCGAGGCUAGCAACACUGAACCAUGCAUGAGAGCACCAGCUAUUCCAGAUGGCUGUGUGAUCACACUCUCCGUAGCGAAUGUUAGAAAGACCUGUAAACAGGUUAACAUUUAUUUAGACGGAUUACCAUGACGCGUACUCAGAGCAUGGCAAGUGCCUUCACUGACAUUUUCAACCUCUCCCUGACCAAGUCUGUGUGCCCAAGAACACCAAUGUAACCUGACUAAAUGACUAUCGCCCUGUAGCACUCGCAUCUGUGGCCAUGAAAUGCUUUGAAAGGCUGGUCAUGGCUCACAUCAACACCGUCAUCCCAGACACCCUGGACCCACUCCAACUCGCAUACUGCCCCAACAGAUCCACAGAUGAUGCAAUCUCUAUUGCACUCCACACUGCCCUUUCCCAUCUGGACAAAAGGAACACCUACGUGAAAAUUCUGUUCAUUGACUACAGCGUUCAACACCAUAGUGCCCUCCAAGCUCAUCACUAAGCUAAGGACCCUGGGAUUAAACACCUCCCUCUGCAACUGGAUCCUGGACUUCCUGACAGGCCGCCCCCAGGUGGUGAGGGUAAGCAACAACACAUCCGUCAUGCUGACCCUCAGCACAGGGGCCCCUCAGGAGUGCGAGGUUAGUCCCCUCCUGUACUCCCUGUUCACCCACGACUGCGUGGCCGCGCACGACUCCAACAGCAUCAUUAAGUUUGCUGACGACAUGGCGGUGGUAGGCCUGAUCAGUGACGACGAUAAGACAGCCUACAGGGAGGAGGUCAGAGACCUGGCAGUGUGGUGCUCGGACAACAACCUCUCCCUCAAUGUCAGCAAGACAAAAAAGAUGAUUGUGGUUUUCCUCGGUGUCCACAUCACUAAGGAAUUAUCAUGGUCCACACACAUCAACACAGUCAUGAAGAGGGCACGACAUCGCCUCUUCCCCCUUAGGAGGCCCAAAAAAUGUGGCAUGGGCCCUCAGAAGAUUCUACAGCUGCACCAUUGAGAGCAUCUUGACUGGUUGCAUCACUGCUUGGUAUGGCAACUGCUUGGCAUCCGACGACAAGGCGCUACAGAGGGUAGCGCGUACGGCCCAGAACAUCACUGGGGCCGCGCUCCCUACCAUCCAGGACCUCUAUACUAGGCAGUGUCAGAGGAAGGCCCUAAAAUCUCCAGCCACCCAAGUCAUAGAUUGUUCUCUCUGCUACCGCAUUGCAAACGGUACCGAUACACCAAGUCUGGAACCAACAGGACCCUGAUCAGCUCCUACCCCCAAGCCAUAAGACUGCUAAAUACAAUGAACUCCAAAAGUAUUGGGACUUUGACAAUUGUGUUGUUGUUUUGGCUCUGUACUCCAACACUUUGGAUUUGAAAUGAUACAAUGACUAUGAGGUUAAAUUGCAGACUGUCAUCUUUAAUUUGAGGGUAUUUUCAUCCAUAUCGGGUGAACCAUUUAGUACAUAGUCCCCCCCAUUUUAGGGGACCAAAAGUAUUGGGACAAAUUCACUUAUGUGUAUUAAAGUAAUCAAAAGAUUAGUAUGUGGUCCCAUAUUCCUAGCAUGCAGUGAGAAAUGAUGAGUGAGAAAGUUACAGACACACAAAUAUCAUACCCCCCAAAAAAUGCUAACCUCCACUGUUUUUGUAAUGGUAAGAGGUUAAAAUGUCUUGGGGGUGUGAUAUUUGUGUGUCUGUAACUUUCUCACUCAUCAUUAUUCACGUUUCAUUCAGGAUUAUCCGUAAUCAUGGUAGCAUCCACAUUAAUGUGGAAGUGUUUAGAAACAUAUUCUAUUGUUAUUUACAAGAAAAGUGACCACAAAAUGAAAUGAUACAUUAUUUACCAUUAAUUGCUAUUGGGCACAAAAUAAUCUGAAACACAACCAAAACAAAUAGCAAAUGCAUCCAAUAAGUUUGUAGUCACAAGCUUGAUGUAAUCAUUGUGUGCUAGGAAUAUGGGACCAAAUACUAACAUUUUGACUACUUUAAUAAUACACAUAUAAGUGCAUUUGUCCCAAUACUAUGGUCCCCUAAAAUGGGGGGACAAUGUAAAAGUGCUGUCAUUUCUAAACGGUUCAUCUGAUAUGUAUGAAAAUACCCCUCAAAUUAAAGCUGACAGUCUGCACUUUAACCUCAUAGUCAUUGUAUCGUUUCAAAUCCAAAGUGCUGGAAUACAGAGCCACAAAAACUGUGUCACUGUCCCAAUACUUUUGGAGCUCACUAUAGUUAGUUAAAUAGUUAACCAAUAGCUAACCGAACUAUCUGCAUUGACCCUUUUUGCACUAACUCUUUUGACUCAUCACAUAUGCUACUGUUUAUUAUCUGUCCUGUUGCCUAGUCACUUUAUCCCUACAUAUAUGUACAUAUCUACCUCAAUUACCUUGUACCCCUGUACAUCGACUCGAUACUGAUACCCCGUGUAUAUAGCCAAGUUAUUGUUACUCAUUGUGUAUUUAUUCCUUGUGUUAUAAUUUUUCAAUUUUUCAAUUAUUUCUCUUUUUUUUCUCUCUGCAUUGUUGGGAAGGGCCUGUAAGUAAGCAUUUCACUGUUAUACUAUACCUGUUGUUUACGAAGCAUGUGACAAAUAACCUUUGAUUUGAUUUGACAAUAUUGCUGUUACAAUCCAUUAAAUUAUACCUGAUCUCAGAUGAGCAUUUGAGACUUAAUUCAUUAUUGCAGUUAUUAUCUUCACAGUUGAAAGAGAAUGAAAACAUUAUUAGGCGAUAUAGAUGUAAUGCAAUGGAAUAGUGCAACAGGAUAGUCUAGUCAGGGUAUAGAAAGCCUUCAUGGCAAACAGUAAAUCUGCUCUGAUGUUGAUGACUCAGCGUAUACGUUGGAGCGUUCAAUAUGGGCAUUGUUAUAUGAUUAACUGCUUCUUCUUAAUUAACUGCUUCUUCAUUGACUCUGUACUGGUAACCCGUGUAUAUAGCAAAGUUAUCGUUACUCAUUGUGUAUUUAUUAUUACUUUUAUUAUUACGUGUUUUACUUUUCUAUUAUUUCUCUAUUUUCUUUCUCUCUGCGUUGUUGGGAAGGGCUCGUAAGUAAACAUUUCACUCUUAGUCUACACCAGUUUUUUACGAAGCAUGUGACAAAUACAAUUUGAUUUGAUUUAAUUUGAUCCUUCUCCGCUUUCCCUCCCUGAAUCCAUGAAGAUGGGAUCUGGAUUAUCGCUCAGAAGUUCAACUAACCUGUCAACAAACAGACAACCGCUUCAGUAUUGCCCUUGUGGGCUGUUACUCUAAUUGGUUUCCAAUGGACUUAGAGAAACAUAUUAUACUGUAUCUAGGUUCAUGGAUGGGUUACAUAGAGGGAUCAUGUAAUAGUACUGAUUCUAUGAUUAUGUCAUAGCACAAACAAACCCAUUGUGGGGGAUGUCUCAUACUGUAGGUGAAAAUCUUCCAUAGCUGAAAACCAUUGUUAAUUUCAAAAGCUCCUGAAUGGAUGUUUUGACUGACAGUUCAAAGUAUCGCCUUUGUCAAAAAAUGUAACUAUUGCUUUGAAUUAACUGUCUUCCCUAGAUUUUUAUUUACUAGGGAGGGUGGUUCCUCCACCCAUUUUUAUCGCAGCCAUUUCCCAGGUCCGGUUAAAUUGAUAUUUUGACAGUAAAUGAAACAGUGUGGAUAACUCCUUGUUAGACUAUCAGGCACUGUUGUGAGGUUCUAAGUUCUGGGACAAAUCCAGACGGACUACAAGGAAAGCUUAAACUAGAUUUAUUACACCCAACAGGAUGUCGCAGCUGCAUAACACAACAUACAAGUCACACAAGCACAUAUUUACAACUAGGCGGAGUCAUCUCCUUGUAUGUCUAAGAUAGACAGUCAUUCUCUGUUGUUGGGCAUGAACUGAGUGUGUUCCACUUAUUGGUAUUGUCUUGGCCCGGCCUGAGCCCAGAACUUUCAUGGUCGGGGAAGUGUGUGUGUGUGUGUGUGAGAUCAGACUUCAGUUAGAGUGUUUUUAGGUGGGCCUCUCUGGCCCCCCUCCCAAAGGUUUCUUCUCUCUUCAACUGUUGUCCUCACCACGACCUCGAUGUUGAGUCCAACAUCUCUCCUUACCCUAGUUCCACAGAGUCUAGCCUAGCUUGUCAGGAACUGAGACUCGACUGUUGCCCUUUGCCUACUUUCUUUAGAAAUAUUAAUAACCAGAAAAGCUAGAACAUGUCUGGACAGAGACUUUCUGUACUUCCCCUUGUCACUGCAAUAAUACACACAAGCUCCAACACCCUAACCAAUAAAAAGUUAUUACUACUAAUCAGGCUGAUUAUGCAGGUAUCAAUGGCUCAUUAUGCAAUUAAAAUAUGCUCAUGUCAGACUAGUUCUCAUCAAUGUGUUUGCACACCCGGCCCUGGCUGCUCAUCUGACUCACAUCAGCAUAAUAUCGGAAUCAAAGAGAAACAAUACUUUUGAGUUAUUUUAUGGGGAGAGCUUUGGAGGCUAAUAAUAUUUGAUCUUACUAAUCAUCAGUUUGAAUUCAGUGAGGUGAACCAAUAUAUUUACUUCCCAUUAAAGACCAUUAGAGGUGAAAUGAUAGAGAGGGAAAAUGACUGGAUCCUGGAGUGAGGAAUCAGCAGGGAGAGAUAGAGAGACUGGGAAAGACAGAUCUGAAAUUCCGUUAUCCACAGCAGAGCAUUAAAUAAUGUUAUAUUUUUUGCGCAAAAGGAGUGGGUCAACGGAAGUAACAAAGUGACACAGCGUGUGUGUGUCUGUCUGUCUGUCUGUGUGUGUGUGUCUGUGUGGGUUCCUGCAUGUGGGUGUGUGUCUGUGUGCGUGCUUGCAUGUGUGUAUGUGUGUGCGCCUAUACAUGAUGGCAGCAAACACAGAGCCGGGGGGAUUACGAGUAGAUUAAUUCAUCUAAUUAUCUUCCUUCUGCUUCGUCUGGGUCACAGCGUCAAGAUUACACUAUCGUAUCAUCACUGUUGUCGUCAUUUAAAGAAAGCAGUAAUUUGCAGUAUCUAUGAUUACAAUGUUCAUGAUAUAUUGUAUCAUUAGAGACUGGCAAUCUGGGGUGUUAAUGAAACUUUAACUACUGUAUAGGGAUUCGACUGGAUCGCUGGUGCUCUAUUCACAGGGAAAUGAGGAUGUACAGCAGAUGUGCAAACAUUUAUUGAACAUAUUGACUCAUUUAUUGAAUUCUAUGACAGUUGCAGGCUAAUUAAGCAAUAACGCCCGAGGAGGUGUGGUAUAUGGCCAAUAUACCAUGCCUAAGGGCUGUUCUUAAGCACGACGCAACGCAGAGUGCCUGGACACAGCCCUUAGCCGUGGUAUAUUGGCCAUAUAUCACAAACCCCCAAGGUGCCUUAUUGCUAUAAUAAACUGGUUACCAACAUAAUUAGAGCAGUAAAAAUAAAUGUUUUGUCAUACCUGUGGUAUACAGUCUGAUAGACCACGGCCGUCAGCCAAUCAGCAUUCAGGGCUCGAACCACCCAGUUUAUAAUUCCAAUUAGAUGACAAUGUGAGCUUAGCUUAUAUUGCAAUAUGUACAGUAAACAACACAUCUGCAUGUCAGUGUGAUUGCUCUCUUCAGUAGAACUUAACUCUGAACUCCUCUUCUCUUCUUCUGCUCAGGACACUGAGAUUCUGAAUACAGCUGUGCUCACCGGGAGGACGGUUGCCGUGCCAGUAAAGGUGGUCACCGUAGGAACAGAUGGCACAGUUACGGAUGUAACAGAGUCAGUAGAGUGUCGGUCGACCGAUGAAGAGGUGGUCAAGGUGAGUGUACACUAUACAGGCUGCAACCUUGAGAGGAAACCUUGAACACCUUUAGAGAAAACCUUGAGGAGAUAGACUAGGUGGAACACAUCCUUUUCAGCCCAACAUAGGACUUGAGUUCAAGUACAGUACAUACAGUAUGACAAUAAUGCCUUUUUAGUCUCUCAUCCUUUACAGGCACAAGGCCAUAUACAGAUGUCGGAUCUUAACUUGAUCACUCUUUUGUCGCAGAGAAUUUUCCCGAUGCAUCAAUUCAAAUGAGCGUCGUGAGUGGCUGAAAAUGAGCAGUUCUCUUUCUCUCUAUGCGGGGGCAGUCUAGUCAUUAGGAUCAGGGCUUGCUAUCAAAAUGAUGUUCUCUCUUGCCAAAUAUACUGAACCAAAAUAUAAACGCAACAUGUAUAGUGUUGGUCCCAUGUUUCAUGAGCUGAAAUAAAAGAUCAGAGAAAUGUUCCAUACAGACAAAAAGCUUAUUUCUUUCAAAUUUUGUAUACACAUCCCAGUUAGUGAGCAUUUCUCCUUUGCCAAGAUAAUCCAUCCACCUGACAGGUGCGAUAUAUCAAGAAGCUGACUAAACAGCAUGGUCAUUACACAGGUGCACCUUGUGCUGGGGACAAUAAAAGGCCAUCCUAAAAUGUGCUGUUUUGUCACACAACACAAUGCCAUAGAUGUCUCGAGUUUUGAGGGAGCGUGCAAUUGGCAUGUUGACUGCAGGAAUGUCCAACAGAGCUGUUGCCAGAUAAUUUAAUGUUAAUUUCUCUAUGAAAAGCCACCUCUAACAUCGUUUUAGAGAAUUUGGCAGUACGUCCAACUGGCAUCACAACCGCAGACCAAUUGUAACCAUGCCAGCCCAGGACCUCCACAUCCGGCUUCUUCACCUGCGAGUGAAGAGACCAGCCUCCCGGACAGCUGAUGAAACUGAGGAGUAUUUCUGUCUGAAAUGAAGCCCUUUUGUGGGGAAAAACUCAUUCUGAUUAGCUGGGCCUGGCUCGCCAGUGGGUGGGCCAAUGCCCUACCAGGCCAACACAUGGCUGCACCCAGUCAUUUAAAAUCCAUAGAUUAGGGCCUAAUGAAUUGAUUUAAAUUGACUGAUUUCCUUCUACGAACUGUAACCCAGUAAAAUGUUUGAAAUUGUUGCAUGUUGCAUUAAACAUUUUGUUAGCUUUCUCUGGCCCACACUCCAGCACAGUAGGUGGCGGUAAUUAACGUUGGAUGACAACCGCCAAAAAAAAAACACAGAAGAAGGAGGCUGCUAGCUAGUUAGGGGUCACCGGUACACAGUGUCCUUUGCCCCCACCUGCCGAGCACUGCUUUCCAGCAGUUCUGUUAAUGUUACGGCGAGGGAAUUAGCUAGCUAGUGUAGCCAACCAAACUCUUGCGUGGCACUACCAGCGAUUACACUCACCGUAACGUUGCAAUAACUGUGGGAAAGCAGUGUACAGCAGGCGGGGGCAAGCGACACUGUGUGCCGGUGUCCUAGCUAGCUAGCAGCCUCAAUGGCAGUGCAUGUAGUAAGUGAUGCGUAGUGGGCGUAGCAUGUAGUGGGUGUAACCAGUGUGAAAUGGCUAGCUAGUUAGAGGUGCGGAUCACUCGCUCUGAGACCUUGAAGUAGUUGUUUCCCUUGCUCUGCAAGGGCUGUGGCUUUCGUGGAACGAUAGGUAGCUAAUGGUUCUUCAAGGGUGACUGUUGUUAAUUUGUUCAGAGGGUCCCUCGUUCAAGCCCAGUUUGGGGGCGAGGAGAGAGGCGGAAGCAACACUGUUACAUUAAUGCUGUUGACCUGGAUCACUCAGUUGGACUCUGCUCGGUUGCUGCGGAGAAGGAGGAGGUCAAAGGGGGGUGAGUGUAACUGGUGUGAAAUGGCUAGCUAGUUAGUGGUGUGCGUUAGUAACAUCCAGUCGGUGACAUCACUUGCGUUGAGACCUUUAAUAAUUUGUUUUGCUUGCUCUGCAAGGGCCGUGGCUUUUGUGGAGCGAUAGGUAACGAUGCUUCGUGGGAGGCAGUUGUUGAUGUGUUCAGAGGGUCCCUGGUUCAACCCCAGGUGGGGGUAAGGAGAGGGACGAAAGCAACACUGUUACAUGAGCGCUGCAUGUAGUAAACGCGGUCGGCAGAAUUUCUAGGCAGCACGUCAAAAAUGUAAUCUCCCAAUCCCAUGUAUCCUUAGCUGGGGAGGCAAUCCCAAAACACCUUCCGGCGCAGCAAAUUUUUUAAAGGAUUCUGAAUUAAUGUAGCACAUUUUCCAGAAGAAUAAGGAAUAACGUGAAAUGUAAGUAUAACAUUUAUUUAUUCAUCAAAUUAUGUUCAAAUGUUCAACAAAUUACUUUAAUGUGAAUUGUGAAUUCAAAUGUUGAGUAACUGGUGUUUAUCAGCCCGUCGGAUGCGAUAGCUAGCUAGCAGGCACUCUCCUACUUAUCGACUGUUUAAAGAUUAAGAACUAAACUAACUAAUCUUAGAUUCAGCAAUGUGUCAAUUGUGAAGACCCGGACAGUUAAAUCAUUAAUUGGUGAACUUGCUAGCCAGCUAAAGACAUGUAGAAAAUCUGUUUUUUUCAUUUGUUUUCAGGGACUAAAGUGGGCACCUGAUUGUGUUUCACUCCUUAGCAUUGGCUUGGCAAGAGAAAAUAGUCCUGCCCAACUCGUUUGAAGGUAAGACAUCUGACGAAAAACAUAGUAAAUGCAGCCAGCUGUGUUCUGUUCAAUCUUGCUAGCCAGCCAAGUUAUUUGUGCAUUCUGUUGAUGAGUCUGUUUUGCUCGCUAGCUGCCUGCAGUGUCUGUUUACCUAGCUAACGUUAGCUAACUUUCUCUUGCCACUCUCCCUUCCCCUAUUGUGUUGCACCAUUGAGGUUGGUGUUACUAGUUAAAAUUAGAGUCUAAGUUAUUCUACUGUAAACAACUUGACCAAGCCUAAUAAUAUAAAAACUGUUAACAAAUUAUUGCACAUUAAUAAAAGUAGUUGUGGCUUCAGCAACUUGAACCAGCACUGAAAUUUGAGCAGUGAGGUUAAUUUCUCCCCCCUUGUCUCUGCUUGUUCCAGGUUGAAGGACAUCCCACCCUGACACCCUGCAGAUGUAAAUAACUUGUUGUGAACCUCCCAGCCACCAGGAGAAUCACCAUAUCCCAGGAUAUUAUUCUGGAGUGUGCAACAUCACAAUGUUAGAUAUAAAUAGAUUUGCCCAUGUUAUUGUUUAUCAUGCAGAUUUGUCAGGACAUUGUAAUUUAUGAAGCUCAUUCUAAAAUACAGACAUUGCACUGUGUGCAAGUUUUCAGUUUAGACCACAAUUAAUUGAAUAAGGUGUUAGUGAAGGGCUGGAACAAAAACUUGUAAACUUCUCUCCUGUGUAUAAAACAGUGACUGUCAUGACAAAUUUUGCCCUCAUGUACUGAACAAUCUUAUGAAUGUUGGAGGUUAAUCUCCUUGAUGUCCCUCACUUGGGAAUUACUUAUUUUGCACAAUGGACUGUGUUUUAAGGACUCAUGCACAAAUACAGGAAAAUAAAUAAAAAUGUUAACAUUUAUUCAAAAUUACAAUUGUUGAUGUCUCCACAUGUUCUGGUUUUGAGGCUUGAGCAUCCGGUGACUGCAGUUCAUCUGUCUAAUCCCCUGCAGGGAGAGAGAAAGGCAUCGAUAAUAUUACAAUGCUGUAUUAAUUUCAUUGAAUAUUUAUUCCUGUUUGAUAUGCAUUUACACAGUAUAAUUAUAUUGGACAUGUUAUCCUUUAUCACAUGCCAGUAUUUGUUUUGUAUCCAAUGCAUUUAGCUUGCAUUAAAAUGAAGUAGCCUAGAACUUCUAAUCUAUUUAGGUUGCAUCAUACCACCUUUCAAUAUGUGACCAACCGGCUCGGUUCGGUCUAAUGUAGCAAAAUUUGAAAUUGUGUUUUUUUUCCCUUUAAAAGUACAGACUAUAAAAUGGUAUAUCAUACACUACAGUUGAGGAACAAUGGGAGAGUAAUUCUGCUUUGAAAGUUGAUAAACUUGUAACCCCACUUUUGAGAAAAUGGCCCUUGAAUGUUUUGUUACACCUACUGGAGAGCUCUUCUUUGUCUACAUCAUUUCAGCAUCGUUCACACCCUCUUAAGCCUUAGCCCCACCCAUCUCUUUAAGGAUACAUCUGAGGCCAUGUGCUAAACAGAGUGAGUACGGUAGUGUACUAAACAACCAAAGAUUUCAAGAUUAAAGGCUGGUUUAUACUACAUCUAUCAACAUAUCUGUAGACAGUUGUCGUAGUGACAUCAUGAACAUUCUAUUGUUGUCCGACAUCAAACUUGUCGUUGUCGUUAUGAAAAAGUAUAAACACAAAAACGACAGGCUGCAUGACAUCAGCAACCUGGUGGACCAAAAUAGCAUAACUGGUGUAUUUUAACAACAAUAAACCCAUCCAUUUACAAAUGAAUUUAGUAUAUGUCUAGCAAACCAGGCAACUAAAAGCAACUUUCUAAACAAUGUUUUAGUUUGUUUCUAGCUUGUUAGCUAGCUAGCUAACGUUACGUUAGCUGGCUAGCCAGUUUAAAUAAUGACCAUUUCAUAUAGCUUACAACGUCUUAACUUGAGCUCAUUUGUGUUCAUUAUUACAGGAGAAUAAACUCACAACAAGAUCAUUAUUUACAAGUUAAUGACAAGCUAAUUACAGAAAAUAGCUUACAGUUGUGAGUGUGACUAAAUAAAAGCAGGACAUUCUACUGGAGAAUUUUAGAACUUGGACGCUGUCUCGUUGGCCUAAUGUUAUAUCCUAAUUUGACUUUGGUGGAGGUUAUGUUGUUCUUCACAUUACCGUCUCUGGUAAGCACACACUAUAUCAAAUGAAAUCAAAGUUUAUUUGUCACAUGCACAGGAUACAGAAGGUGUAAAUGGUACAGUGAAAUGGUUACUUGCAUAGUGGAGUUUUUUGUUUAGAAAUGUAACUAGCUAGCUAGCUAAACAAUGAACCAUAAUCCCAAUUUAUAACGUUACUACCCUGCAUGAAUCUGAAGGUAGCUAAAGUUAACCAACUAGCUAGCUAGCUAACAUUAGGCUAUAACUAGCAAUGCAAAUGGCUCUGAGAUACUAAUAAUAUUACUACAUAGAUCAUACACGUAACGUUAGCUAGCUAGCUAGCUAACUAACAGUACACUUUAACUUUCUGCCCAAAACCACAUUUAGAUUUUUUGUUUAAAUGUUUACGUUCAAAUGCCUCUCCUGUGAAAUAGUGACACGUGACAUACACCUAGUUUCCUGAAACUAGUCACAUAUUAGUUAUCAACCAAUAUAAAACCAUGUUAUCUUGAACAUCGGUGUCAUUUAAUAAUGUGCACGGGUGUGAUAGCUGUAUGAAUUAAUCACAAUGCAAGCCUACUCAUUAGAAAAAAACAGUAGCUGUAAUACAAUAUUAGCUUCACAGUGAAACACCACUAUUCUGGCUAUGAAUCAUUCUUAAACAGUCAGUGAAAUAGCUUAUAGAAAUAAAAUAGAUUUUGCCUGUAUGAUAUCAUGCAUACAAGCUUACCGGUAAUGUCCACAACGAUGGAGCAGCAGACCAAGCAAUAUGCGUAAGGAGGAGCCUAUAACGUAGGUCGGUGUCAACUUCAUUCAUUAACAGGUACUGAGGAGAUCAAUUCUGUUACUUGCUUACUUAUUAUUCGUGUCAAAUAUUUCCAUUUUGGGAUAUUUGUUUACUGAAAUAGUUGCUCACGCUGCUACAGGGGCUACAAUGUGGCUACAAACGUCUUCCGCUUGGUGGAAUGUGAAUGCGUUAUCACGUAAUACUGCCUUCAAAUCCCGUCCCAAACGGCAGUAACCUACUGGAAAAGUGCUACCUACUAGGGUAGUUGCCUUUUGGAGGCAGGUAGGCAGCAGCCUACCUGCCUACCUGUUACAUAAUAACAGGAUGCUACACCAACAUUAGUUUCCAUUCAUACAAAGUGUCAAAACAAUAGCCCAGCACUGGGCGCGAACUCAUGAUGCUCAUAGCUGAAGUGUGCUGCUCAGACCACUGCCCUACAGCAGCUCACAAAGCUUUAACAAGCCAUGAGAAUACUUGAUUUAUGAGGUUGGUUGGUUUGCAGAGCCUUCCCCACACCAUAGCCCCCUAGGUACGGUACUGCAUUGUAUAGUCUACAAACACCGCUUCCAGCUGUCCCCUGGCGGCAAUUAUACAUUUUCAAUAUUUAUUCAAAUCCUCCUGCUGCAGGAUUAUUUUCCUCCUGCGAUGAAAUGGGUCAUAUUAAGAUCUGACAUCUGUAGCGUGGCCUUGAUGAGUGAAAGCUGUGCCCUACAGUACAAUACAGAAUAAACAACACAUUUGGUUGUGUCUACCAGACUUGGGUUCAAAUACUAUUUGAAAUCAUUUCAAAUAGUAUAUCUGUGCUUGAUUGAGCUUGCCUGUUACAAUAAACCCAAUGGAAAAAGUGCAACCUGGCCCACCUGUCCCUCCCGGCAGGCUCAAGCAAACGUUCAAAGUAUUUGAAAGUGUAAAUGUACGUAUUGUGGCAUACAUCAGGUCAGCCACCAGGGGGAGACUCGUCGAGGCCUGGUAACAGAUGGAGUAUACAUCAUGAGGCGGUGUUUCCAUCUACUGGACGUGCCAGGUCUCGACGGGCUCCCCGGACAGGACUAAUUGGGGCUGAUUGGGAGCUGGUGAGUAAUUAAGGGCGGAUUGCUCACCAGCUGUGCAAGGCCCAUAAAGCUGCCAGAAGGGCAGCACAUGGGAGAGGACUGGGGGAAGUACGGUAACUUCCGUGUAGUUGGAGAUGGUAUCCUGGAGAGGGUCUCAUGGGGGAGACCUAACAUUUUCUUUUGAUUAUUUUAUUAAUAAACACCCUGAAACCGAGAUACUCAUACUCUGUCCGUGUCUGAUCUGUGUAAACGUCUUGACCCAACCCCUUGAUCUGCCACAAGUGGUGGAGAAUGCGGGCAUCUGGAUAACGUGGUCAGAUCAGGGUUGACGUUUACACAGCAUCAGCAUGGACGAGUUGAUAGCUCAGUUCGUCCGGGCCCAACAAGCACAACAGGCGGUUCAGGAACGAACGCUGGAGGAACAGCGACUACAAAACGUCUGCCUCGUGGAGGAAGUCAGGAAGCUGCAAGGAGGAGCAUCUCCUGAAUCCCAUCACAACCAGUUUUUAAUCAAGCUAACGGAAGACGAUGACAUUGAAACAUACCUCUGUACGUUUGAACGGACAGCGCUACGGGAAGGAUGGCCAAGGCCGAAGUGGGCAAGUCUGCUGGCCCCGUUCCUCUCUGGGAAUGCCCAAAAGGCGAACAGGUGGCUAACUACGACAGACUCAAACGGGAGAUAUUCAGCCGCUACGGGUACAGCCUGGCCCUUCGGGCUCAACGGUUCCAUGACUGGAGGUUCGUACCCGACGCAUCCCCCCGAGCCCAGAUGAGCGACCUUCUGCGCGUCACCAGGGCAUGGCUCCUAACCGACGUAUCCACCCUCUCCCUCCUCAAUAAAGUGGUCCUGGAUCGCUUCGUACGGGCGCUACCCCACGGCAUGAAGAGGGCAGCGAGCCUAUAAACGCCCCAGACCUUGGAGGGCCUCCUGGAAGCAGUGGAGAAGCAUCAGAACACUCAGGCCCUACUGAGGGGGAGCCGGGACGAGUCGGCGACCUGUGCGAGGGGAUGGAAGGACAACCACACCGUGGUGUACCCCUAAUCAGUCGGCAGGGCCAAGGGACCGCAAACUCGUGGAGAGACGGCUGGGGAAGGGCCGACCCGCCACCGACGACCCCAGGUAGAUGGAGACCAACGGAGGUGUUUUGAGUGUGGCGCCCAGGGGCACAUUGCCUGGAAUUGCCCUGCUCGAGAGGAGUCGAUGCCAUCAGCUAGCACCGGAGGCCAGGUGGGUCACGCCGUGAACUAUGUCACCUCCUGUUGGGCGCACCAUGAAUCAACUGCACCCAUGGUCACGGUGAAGGUUGACGGACAUGACACGGAAGCGCUAUUAGACUCCGGAAACAUGGUUACGCUUGUAACCACGAGCCUGCUGAACCAGGAGACUGAACAGGGUAGGGAGAUGUCCAUUUCCUGUGUUCACGGUGACACAAAGCGGUAUCCCACCGUAUGGACCAACAUCAUGACACCACAAGGGAGCUGCCAGAUGAUGGUGGGUGCAGUACCAGAGCUGCCAGUACCUAUCCUAGUGGGACAGGAUUGUCCACUGUUCGCGGCCCUAUGGGGGCACGAGUUGAAAAAAAAGAUACGAUCCGGCCGAAGCGGGGGGGGCGCCACCGGUUAACCAACCUGACUCUACGGGUCCGGAGUCGGAGUCAGAGUCGGAGUCGGAGGGGGAGCCGGAACCCGAACCCCCUGGGGAACCACUAGAGGAGGAGCCCAGCCUUCCCCUUCUCAAUUUCGAGGGCCCAGUCAAGACCCCCGUUGGGGGCCAACUGAGGGGCCAAUUCGGGACGGCCCAGUGGGAGGAUCCGAAUUUGAAAGCUGUCGCAGACCAAGUGAUGGCGGUGGAUGGACAGCUACUUCUGGGGGUUAGUGACUGGCGAUUUCCAAAUUAAGGAUAACCUUUUGUAUCAGGUGUCGCGCCAACAGGGGGAACUUCGAGAGGUAUUGUUGCUGCCCCGACGGUACGUAGAAACCGUUCUUCAGCUGGCCCACACCCACUAGUUGGGGGCGCACCUGGGAAUGGAGAAGACCCGGGAACGGAUCACCGCCUGGUUCCACUGGCCCGGGAUGAGGAGGGCCAUGGAAGACUACUGUCGCAGCUGCCCGGAGUGUCAACUCACUGCCCCGAAAGCAUCUGGUCCCCCUACCGAUCAUCGGGGUGCCCUUUGAAUGCAUUGCGAUGGACAUAGUGGGACCCCUGGUAAAGACUGCACGAGGACACAGGUACAGCUUGGUAAUAGUAGACUAUGCCACCCGGUAUCCUGAGGCCAUUCUCCUACGAGCUGUUCCACCUCUUUAGCCGGAUGGGCAUCCCGAAAGAGAUCCUGACAGACCAAAAUACAGAGUUUAUGUCCCGCCUCAUGAAAGAGUUGUGUGCCCUCAUGCAGAUCAAGCAGAUCCGGACCUUUUCACCCGCAGACGGAUGGGCUCGUCGAGCGCUUUAACAAAACGCUCAAACAGAUGCUGCGGAAGGUCAUCGAGCAGGACGGGAAGAACUGGGACCAGCUGCUACCCCACCUGAUGUUCUCAAUCCGAGAAGUACCCAAAUCCUCCAAUGGGUUUUCCCCGUUUGAACUCCUCUAUGGGAGGAGGCCACGUGGCAUACUGGACCUCGCCAUGGAGGUGUGGGAAGCCCAACCGACCCCCUUAUGCAGCGUGGUAGAGCACGUGGAGACGAUGCGGGAGCGGAUGACAGCCAUAUGGCCAGUCGUGAGGGAACAUAUGGAGAAGGCCCAACGCGCCCAAGCCCAGGUCUACAAUCGGGGAGCCCAGUCCUGAGAAUUCCAGGUGGGAGACAGGGUGUUGAUCCCCACGACCGAAAGUAUGUUCCUGGCAACAUGGCACGGACCAUACGAGGUGGUCGUUGAACCUGUUGAAGAAGUGGCACGAGAGGACAGCCUUGGCCAUGUUAUGGUCGGGAUCCAGGACGCCAACGGUACCAGUGGUGGUCCCGAGCAGUGAGGACCUCGACCCGGCCCAGAAGCAAGAGCUCCGGGAGCUUGUCGAUUGGAACACGGUGGUAUUCUCAGAGAAGCCGGGCCGCACGACCCUCAUUGAACACCACAUCCGUACCCGGCCCGGGGAAACGGUAAGGAAGAGGCCGUAUCGACUUAAGGAGGGCCGACGGAAGGCCGUGAAGUGGAGGCUAUGCUGAGGCUAUGCUGAGGAUGGGGGUCGUUGAAGAGUCCCACAGUGCAUGGUGCAGCCCCAUCGUGUUGGUGCCCACGUCGGACGGUAGCCUCCGCUUCUGUAAUGAUUUCCGGGGUGUGAACGACAUAAGCAUAUUCGACGCCUACCCCAUGCCGAGGAUGGACGAGCUAAUCGACCGAUUGGAAAAGGCCUGGUACAUCAGCACCCUUGACCUGAACAAAGGAUAUUGGCAGGUACCAUUAGCAGCCUCCUCCCGGGAGAAGACGGUGUUCUCGACACCAGACGGUCUGUACCAGUACCAGGUGCCCCGCCCACAUUCCAGCGACUGAUGAACAGAGUGCUUCGACUUUACCAGCAGUACGCAGCGGCCUAUCUGAAUGAUAUCAUCAUCCACAGCCAAGGUUGGGAGGAGCACCUGACGCGCCUCCAGGCGGUGCUGGACGUGCUCAGACAAGCCGGGUUGACCGUAAACCCCAAGAAAUGCAAGCUAGGGUUCGAGGAGGUGGAGUACCUGGGGUAUUUGAUCGGACAGGGGAAUGUCAAGCCCCAGGAGAGGAAGGUUCACGCGGUACGUGACUGGCCCGUUCCACGCACCAAGACACAGGUCAAGUCCUUCCUGGGACUGGCAGGAUACUAUAGCCGGUUUAUCCCCAACUUUGCGGCUAUAGCUUCCCCCCUUACCGAUCUAACCAGGGCCCGCCUCCCAAAAACAGUGAAAUGGACGGACGAGACAGACGCGGCGUUCAGCCGUCUGAAGGAAGCGCUGUGCUCCCAUCCGAUUCUCUUAAAGCCCGAUUUCCAGGUGCCGAUGGUGGUCCAGACGGAUGCAUGUGAUACGGGACUAGGGGCCGUUCUGUCCCAGAGACACGAUGGGGAGGAGCACCCCAUCAUGUACAUCAGCCGAAAGCUGAUACCGAGAGAAAAAUAACCCCUCAAUUGUUGAGAAAGAGUGUCUGGCAGUGAAGUGGGCACUAGACAAUCUCAAGUAUUACCUGUUAGGUACCCACUUCACCCUGGUCACGGACCAUGCUCCCCUGGGGGGGGGGGGGGGGGGGGGGCUGACCUGUUUGGAGAGCUCCUUGGUCUUCAUGAUGCCGCUUGCUUGGUGGUGCCCCUUGCUUAGUGGUGUUGCAGACACUGGGGCCUUUCAGAACAGGUGUAUACAGUGGGGAAAAAAAGUAUUUAGUCAGCCACCAAUUGUGCAAGUUCUCCCACUUAAAAAGAUGAGAGAGGCCUGUAAUUUUCAUCAUAGGUACACGUCAACUAUGACAGACAAAAUGAGAAAAAAAAAUCCAGGAAAUCACAUUGUAGGAUUUUUAAUGAAUUUAUUUGCAAAUUAUGGUGGAAAAUAAGUAUUUGGUCACCUACAAACAAGCAAGAUUUCUGGCUCUCACAGACCUGUAACUUCUUCUUUAAGAGGCUCCUCUGUCCUCCACUCGUUACCUGUAUUAAUGGCACCUGUUUGAAAUUGUUAUCAGUAUAAAAGACACCUGUCCACAACCUCAAACAGUCACACUCCAAACUCCACUAUGGCCAAGACCAAAGAGCUGUCAAAGGACACCAGAAACAGAAUUGUAGACCUGCAUCAGGCUGGGAAGACUGAAUCUGCAAUAGGUAAGCAGCUUGGUUUGAAUAAAUCAACUGUGGGAGCAAUUAUUAGGAAAUGGAAGACAUACAAGACCACUGAUAAUCUCCCUCGAUCUGGGGCUCCACGCAAGAUCUCACCCCUUGGGGUCAAAAUGAUCACAAGAACGGUGAGCAAAAAUCCCAGAACCACACGGGGGGACCUAGUGAAUGACCGGCAGAGAGCUGGGACCAAAGUAACAAAGCCUACCAUCAGUAACACACUACGCCGCCAGGGACUCAAAUCCUGUAGUGGGAGACGUGUCCCCCUGCUUAAGCCAGUACAUGUCCAGGCCCGUCUGAAGUUUGCUAGAGUGCAUUUGGAUGAUCCAGAAGAGGAUUGGGAGAAUGUCAUAUGGUCAGAUGAAACCAAAAUAUAACUUUUUGGUUUAAAAAACUCAACUCGUCGUGUUUGGAGGACAAAGAAUGCUGAGUUCCAUCCAAAGAACACCAUACCUACUGUGAAGCAUGGGGGUGGAAACAUCAUGCUUUGGGGCUGUUUUUCUGCAAAGGGACCAGGACGACUGAUCCGUGUAAAGGAAAGAAUGAAUGGGGCCAUGUUUUGUGAGAUUUUGAGUGAAAACCUCCUUCCAUCAGCAAGGGCAUUGAAGAUGAAACGUGGCUGGGUCUUUCAGCAUGACAAUGAUCCCAAAUACACCGCCCGGGCAAUGAAGGAGUGGCUUCGUAAGAAGCAUUUCAAGGUCCUGGAGUGGCCUAGCCAGUCUCCAGAUCUCAACCCCAUAGAAAAUCUUUGGAGGGAGUUGAAAGUCCGUGUUGCCCAGCGACAGCCCCAAAACAUCACUGCUCUAGAGGAGAUCUGCAUGAAAGAAUGGGCCAAAAUACCAGCAACAGUGUGUGAAAACCUUGUGAAGAGUUACAUAAAACGUAGAGUUACAUAAAACGUUUGACCUGUGUCAUUGCCAACAAAGGGUAUAUAACAAAGUAUUGAGAAACUUUUGUUAUUGACCAAAUACUUAUUUUCCACCAUAAUUUGCAAAUAAAUUCAUUAAAAAUCCUACAAUGUGAUUUUCUGGAUUUUUUUUCUCUCAUUUUGUCUGUCAUAGUUGACGUGUACCUAUGAUGAAAAUUACAGGCCUCUCUCAUCUUUUUAAGUGGGAGAACUUGCACAAUUGGUGGCUGACUAAAUACUUUUUUCCCCCACUGUAUAUACUGAGAUCAUGUGACAGAUCAUGUGACAUUUAGAUUGCACACAGGUGGACUUUAUUUAACUAAUUAUAUGACUUCUGAAGGUAAUUGGUUGCAUCAGAUCUUAUUUAGGGGCUUCAUAGCAAAGGGUGUGAAUACCUAUGAAGUCACCACUUUUCCGUUAUUUAUUUUCUAUAAUUUUUCUACAAACAUUUCACUUCACCAAUUUGGACUAUUUUGUGUAUGUCCAUUACAUGAAAUCUAAAUAAAAAUCCAUUUAAAUUACAGGUUGUAAUGCAACAAAAUAGGAAAAACGCCAAGGAGGAUGAAUACUUUUGCAAGGCACUGUAUUAAGCAUUUCUCAUAUUAGCUCCCCAGCAGCGUUGAUUGGGGAGUGUCUGUGCCCUCUCUCCAGUCUAUUUUUGUAUGCCUUCUGGCUUUCUUUUCUGACGAGCAUUGUGAAAGCAGCCGUGGUCAACCGUAAUUGCACCCAGUGUCGUUACUGAGGACUGUGACUUCCCUAUUGGCUGUCUCACAGCUCAGAAAGGUCAAAGGUCAUGCCAGUGUGUUAAGGGGCCCUUUUCCUCUGAUUGGAAAAAGGAUCUGGUGAGGUAAGGAGGAGGAUUACUUAAGAUACUGUUUGAAGGGUUUCAGAUGUUUUCGGAAGAUGGGCAGGGACUCUGCUGUCCUAGCUUCAGGGGGAAGCUGGUUCCACCAUUGGGGUGCCAGGACAGAGAAUAACUUGGAUUGGGCUGAGCAGGAGCUGCCCUCCCAUAGUGGUGGGAGGGCCAAGUGACAUGUGGUGGCAGAACGGAGUGCUCAGGUUGGGGUGUAGGGUUUGAGCAUAGCCUGAAGGUAGGGAGGGGCAGAACCUCUUGCUGUUCCGUAGGUAAGCACCAUGGUCUUGUAGUGGAUACGAGCUUCGACUGGAAGCCAGUGGAAUGUGCGGAGGAGCGGGGUGACAUGAGAGAACUUGGGAAGGUUGAAAACCAGGCGGGCUGUCGUGUUCUGGAUAGGUUGCAGGGAUUGAUGGCGCAAACGGGGAGCCCAGCCAACAACGAGUUGCAGUAGUCGAGAAGGGAGAGGACGAGUGUCUGGAUUAGGAUCUGCGCCGCUUCCUGUGUGAGGUAGAGUCGUACUCUAUAGAUGUUGUAGAGCAUGAACGACAGGGUGUUGUCCAGGGUCACGCCAAGGUUCUUUGCACUCUGGGAGGGCGACACUGUGGAGUUGUCAACCAUGAUGGAGAGGUCUUUGAGCGGGCAGGCCUUCCCCGGGAGGAAGAGCAGUUCCGUCUUGUCGAGGUUGAGCUUGAGGUUGUGGUCUGACAUCCAAGUUGAAAUAUCUGCCAGGCACGCAGAGAUGCGUUUCGCCACUUGGGUGUCAGAAGGAGGGAAGGAGAAAAGUAGUUGAGUGUCAUCCGCAUAGCAAUGAUAGGAGAGACCAUGUGAGGAUAUGACGGAGCCAAGUGACUUGGUGUAUAGAGAGAAGAGGGCCUAGAACCGAGCCCUGGGGGACACCAGUAGUGAGAAUACGUGGUGUAGACACAGAUCCUCUCCACGUCACCUGUUAGGAGUGGCCUGCCAGAUAGGAUGCAAUCAAAGAGUGUGCAGAGCCUGAGACGCCCAGCCCUGAGAGGGUGGAGAGGAGGAUCUGAUGGUUCACAAUGUCGAAGGCAGCGGAUAGAUCUAGGAGGAUCAGAACAGAGGAGAGAGAGUCAGCUUUGGCAGUGCGGAGAGCCUCCGUGACACAGAGAAGAGCAGUCUCCGUUGAAUGACCCAUCUUGAAGCCUGACUGGUUAGGGUCAAGAAGAUCGUUCUAAGAGAGAUAACGAGAAAGUUGAUCAGAGAGAGGGGAUACAGGUCUAUAGGUUUUGAUGUCAGAUGAGUAGAGUGUUGGUUUCUUGAGGAGGGGAGCAACCCAGGCCAUUUUGAAGUCAGGGGGAUGCUGCCAGUGGUCAGGGAUGAGUUGAUGAGGGAAGUGAGGAAUGGGAGAAGGUCUCCAGAGAUGGUCUGGAGAAGGAAGGAGGGGAUGGGGUUGAGCGGGCAGGUUGUCGGGCGGCCAGACCUCGCUAGUCGCAGGAUGUCAUCUGGAGCGAGAGGGGAGAAAGAGGUCAAGGCAUAAGAUAGUUCUGUGUGAGUGAGACCAGUGGACUCAAUAGGCUGAGUGAAUGAGUAGCGGAUGUUGUCAACCUUUUCCUCAAUAAUAAACUAGUGAGUCAUCCUUACCAACCAGUUGAGUAACCUUCUAUGGUAAUUUUCACAAGAGCAGCCUGAGACAUUUUGUUAUAAACUGUAAAGCAUUGGAAAAGACAUAUUCUCUGUCGGAGACGGAUCUUCACCAUAGACUUGGUUCUUCACUAGCUUACUAAAACACAACGUAUAGUACAUGCAUAUGCACAUCUUCUCUCCAAGCACGUGUUGGUAAUUUAAUUAUUAACAAUUAUAACAAAGCAUUAUGUUAAUUGUAUCUAUUCUCUUCUAGCCAAAGAAUACUGGAAAAUAAAUCAUUUUCUUCACAUAUCCAUGUCAACAAUUACAGAGAAAAUCAAUGUGAUGACAAUGUCUACAUUUGUUACUUGAUGUGGAACAUUCUGUGUCAAAGUCUGGAGGGACAUAUACAGUACCAGUCAAAAGUUUGGACACACCUACUCAUUCAAGGGUUUUUCUUUAUUUUUACUAUUUUCUAUAUUGUAGAAUAAUAAUGAAGACAUAAAAACUAUGAAAUAACACAUAUGGAAUCAUUCAGUAACCAAAACAAAACAAAUCAAAACGUAUUUUAUAUUUGAGAUUCUUCAAAGUAGCCACCCUUUGCCUUGAUGACCGCUUUGAACGCUCUUGGCAUUCUCUCAAUCAGCUUCAUGAGGAAUGCUUUUCCAACAGUCUUGAAGGAGUUCCCACAUAUGCUGAGCACUUGUUGGCUGAUUUUCCUUCACUCUGUGGUCCAACUCAUACCAAACCAUCUCAGUUGAUUUGAGGGCGGGUGACUGUGGAGGCCAGGUCAUCUGAUGCAGCAUUCCAUCACUCUCCUUCUCAAUAAAAUAGCCCUUACACAGCCUGGAGGUGUGUUAUGGGUCAUUGUCCUGUGGAAAAACAAAUGAUAGUCCCACAAAGCACAAACCAGAUGGGAUGGUGUGUCGCUGCAAAAUGGUGUGGUAGCCUUGAAUUCUAAGUAAACCACUGACAGUGUCACCAGCAAAGCACACCACACCAUCACACCUCCUCCUCCAUGCUUCACGGUGGGAACCACGCAUGCGGAGACAUCUCACAAAGACACGGCGGUUGGAACCAGAAAUUCCACCGGUCUAAUGUCCAUUGCUCGUGUUUCUUGGCCCAAGGAAGUCUCUUAUUAUUAUUGGUGUCCUUUAGUAGUGGUUUCUUUGCAGCAAUUCAACCAUGAAGGCCUGAUUCACACAGUGUCCUCUGAACAGUUGAUGUUGAGAUGUGUCUGUUACUUGAACUCUGUGAAGGUUUUAUUUGGGCUGCAAUCUGAGGUGCAGUUAACUCUAAUUAACUUAUCCACAAAUCAAAAUAUAUUUUAUAUUUGAGAAUCUUCAAAUAGCCACCCAUUGCCUUGAUGACAGCUUUGCACACUCUUGGCAUUCUCUCAACCAGCUUCAUGAGGUAGUCACCUGGAAUGCAUUUAACAGGUGUGCCUUCUUAAAAGUUAAUUUGUGGAAUUUCUUUCCUUCUUAAUGCGUUUGAGCCAAUCAGUUGUGUUGUGACAAAGUAGUGGGGAUAUACAAAAGAUGGCCCUAUUUGGUAAAAUACCAAGUCCAUAUUAUGGCAAGAACAGCUCAAAUAAGCAAAGAGAAAUGACAGUCCAUCAUUACUUUAAGACACGAAGGUCAAUCAAUACAGAACAUUUCAAGAACUUUGAAAGUUUCUUCAAGUGUAGUCGCAAAAACCAUCAAGCGCCAUGGUGAAACUGGCUCUCAUGAGGACCGGCACAGGAAUGGAAGACCCAGAGUUACCUCUGCUGCAGAGGAUAAGUUCAAUAGAGUUACCAGCCUCAUAAAUUUCAGCCCAAAUAAAUGCUUCACAGAGUUCAAGUAACAGACAAAUCUCAACAUCAGCUGUACAGAGGGGAGUGUGUGAAUCAGGCCUUCAUGGUCGAAUUGCUGCAAAGAAACCACUACUAAAGGACACCAAUAAGAGGAAGAGACUUGCUUGGGCCAAGAAACACGAGCAGUGGACAUUAGGCUGGUGGAAAUGUGUUCUUUGGUCUGCAGUCCAAAUUGGAGAUUUUGGUUCCAACUGCCGUGUCUUUGUGAGACGCGGUGUGGGUGAACGGAUGAUCUUCGCAUGUGUAGUUCCCACCAUAAAGCAUGGAGGAGGAGGUGUUAUGGUGUGGGGGGAGCUUUGCUGGUGACACUGUCUGUGAUUUAUUUAUAUUUCAAGGCACACUUAACCAGCAUGGCUACCACAGCAUUCUGCAGCGAUACGCCAUCCCAUCUGGUUUGAGUUUAGUGGGAUUAUCAUUAGUUUUUCAACAGGACAAUGACCCAACACACCUCCAGGCUGUAUAAGGGCUAUUUUACCAAGAAGGAGAGUGAUGGAGUGCUGCAUCAGAAUACCUGGCCUCCACAAUCCCCCCAAUUGAGAUGGUUUGGGAUGAGUCGGACGUCAGAGAGAAGGAAAAGCAGUCAACAUGUGCUCAGCAUAUGUCGGAACUCCUUCAAGACUGUCGGAAAAGCAUUCCAGGUGAAGCUGGUUGAGAGAAUGCCAAGAGUGUGCAAAGCAGUCAUCAACGCAAAGGGUGGCUAUUUGAAGAAUCUCUAAUAUAAAAUAUAUCUUGAUUUGUUUAACACUUUUUUGGUUACUACAUGAUUCCAUAUGUGUUAUUUAAUAGUUUUGAUGUCUUUACUAUUAUUCUACAAUGUAGAAAAUAGUAAAAAUAAAGAAAAACCCUUGAAUGAGUAGGUGUGUCCAAAACUUUUGACUGGUACUGUGUAUAAUGCACUACUUUUGAUAGGCCCUGUUCAAAGGUUGUGCACUCUAAAGGGAAUAGGAUACCAUUUGAGACAAAGCCUCAGUCUCUCAGUACUUCCUUCCUUGAGAAAAGAGUCAUACAGUCACGUACAGAUAUAGAGGGAGGGCGAAUUCUUCAAAGUUCAUCCAUUACUGUACAGUACAGUAGUAGUGGAUUGAAAGGCUGUGUAGGAAGAAACAGGCUGACAAAGAAAAGCUGUAGGAGAAGCUUCACCCAGGUUAAUGUAGGUUCUGAGGCACAGCCUGCUUUUAUGACAGUUAAAUGAAGAUAGAAGACUGAGAAGAGAAGCAGAGAGAAGAGAGAGCGAGAGAAAGAAGGAGAGUGAGAGAAGAGAGAGACACAGAGAGCUGUCAGAUUGGUGCUAUUAGAAGUGGGUGGUCUGAAAUAAUUUGUAGACAAACUGCCAAGACACGUCCAGCGAAGAGUGAUGAGAGUCUGCUUUUGACUAGUUUUAUAAAAGACUAAUUGCACAUCCAAACUGUGGGUUAAUGCUGAGAUAAACAGUGAUGCCCAUGUUCAUUAUCACGCCAUCCAAAGCUUCAGAUGAAUGGAAAAUGGUUGUUAUUAUUAGUAGAAGGCUUUGACAAGCUGUUGAAUAUGGAGACGCUAAAACAAAAUGUGUCCUCCCAGGCUUCUGUGAAAGAAGACAUGCCUGAUCAAGUGAUAUAACCCUGCGAUGCCAUUGGUCCAUCUGUGGUUCAGUGGCCACAUACAGUGCCUUCAGGAAGUAUUCAUACCCCUUGACUUAUUCCAGCCUAAAUUCAAAAUUGAUUAAAUUGUUUUUUUUUCUUCUCAUCCAUCUACACACAAUCCCCCACAGUCACAAUGUGAAAACAUGUUUUAUAAAUUGUAGCAAAUUUAUUGAAAAUGAAAUACAGAAAUAUCUCAUUUACAUAAGUAUUCACACCCCAUGAGUCAGUACUUUUUAGAAACACCUUUGACAGUGAUUAUAGCUGUGAGUCUUUCUGGGUAAGUCUCUAAGAGCUUUCCAUACCUGGAUUGUGCAACAUUUGCCCAUUAUUAUUUUUCAAGCUCUGUCAAAUUGGUUGUUGAUCAUUGCUAGACAACCAUUUUCAGAUUUUCAAGUAGAUUUAAGUCAAAACUGUAACUCAGCCACUCAGGAACGUUCACUGGCUUCUUGGUAAACAACUCCAGUGUAGAUUUGGCAUUGUGUUUUAGGUUAUUGUUCUUAUUGUCUUUCAAAAAUCAUGUUAACCCAUUACAGUCUAAGCCCUGUCUACGCUGGGGGAGGGUUUCUACUAAGCUAUAUGGAAUUGUUUUAAGGAAGUCAUGCAAAUUAUCCUUUUGUUAUUUGAUGUUGAAUAUUACGACCCCUUGAAGUAUAAGAAAAUAUACAGUGGGGAAAAAAAGUAUUUAGUCAGCCACCAAUUGUGCAAGUUCUCCCACUUAAAAUGAUGAGAGAGGCCUGUAAUUUUCAUCAUAGGUACACGUCAACUAUGACAGACAAAUUGAGAAAAAAAAUCCAGAAAAUCACAUUGUAGGAUUUUUAAUGAAUUUAUUUGCAAAUUAUGGUGGAAAAUAAGUAUUUGGUCACCUACAAACAAGCAAGAUUUCUGGCUCUCACAGACCUGUAACUUCUUCUUUAAGAGGCUCCUCUGUCCUCCACUCGUUACCUGUAUUAAUGGCACCUGUUUGAACUUCAAAUCAAAUCAAAUCAAAUUUUAUUGGUCACAUGCGCCGAAUACAACAGGUGCAGACAUUACAGUGAAAUGCUUACUUACAGCCCUUAACCAACAGUGCAUUUAUUUUAAACAAAAAAGUAAGAAUAAAACAACAACAAAAAAGUGUUGAGAAAAAAAGAGCAGAAGUAAAAUAAAGUGACAGUAGGGAGGCUAUAUAUACAGUAAAAUAAAGUGAAAGUAGGGAGGCUAUAUAUACAGGGGGGUACCGUUGCAUAGUCAAUGUGCGGGGGCACCGGCUAGUUGAGGUAGUUGAGGUAAUAUGUACAUGUGGGUAGAGUUAAAGUGACUAUGCAUAAAUACUUAACAGAGUAGCAGCAGCGUAAAAAGGAUGGGGUGGGGGGGCAGUGCAAAUAGUCCGGGUAGCCAUGAUUAGCUGUUCAGGAGUCUUAUGGCUUGGGGGUAGAAGCUGUUGAGAAGUCUUUUGGACCUAGACUUGGCACUCCGGUACCGCUUGCCGUGCGGUAGCAGAGAGAACAGUCUAUGACUAGGGUGGCUGGAGUCUUUGACAAUUUUGAGGGCCUUCCUCUGACACCGCCUGGUAUAGAGGUCCUGGAUGGCAGGGAGCUUUGCCCCAGUGAUGUACUGGGCCGUACGCACUACCCUCUGUAGUGCCUUGCGGUCAGAGGCCAAGCAGUUGCCAUACCAGGCGGUGAUGCAACCAGUCAGGAUGCUCUCGAUGGUGCAGCUGUAGAAUUUUUGAGGAUCUGAGGACCCAUGCCAAAUCUUUUUAGUCUCCUGAGGGGGAAUAGGCUUUGUCGUGCCCUCUUCACGACUGUCUUGGUGUGUUUGGACCAUGAUAGUUCGUUGGUGAUGUGGACACCAAGGAACUUGAAGCUCUCAACCUGUUCCACUACAGCCCCGUCGAUGAGAAUGGGGGCGUGCUCAGUCCUCUUUUUUUUCCUGUAGUCCACAAUCAUCUCCUUUGUCUUGGUCACGUUGAGGGAGAGGUUGUUGUCCUGGCACCACACGGCCAGAUCUCUGACCUCCUCCCUAUAGGCUGUCUCAUCGUUGUCGGUGAUCAGGCCUACCACUGUUGUGUCGUCGGCAAACUUAAUGAUGGUGUUGGAGUCGUGCCUGGCCAUGCAGUCAUGGGUGAACAGAGAGUACAGGAGGGGACUGAGCACGCACCCCUGAGGGGCCCCCGUGUUGAGGAUCAGUGUGGCAGAUGUGUUGUUACCUACCCUUGUUAUCAGUAUAAAAGACACCUGUCCACAACCUCAAACAGUCACACUCCAAACUCCACUAUGGCCAAGACCAAAGAGCUGUCAAAGGACACCAGAAACAAAAUUGUAGACCUGCACCAGGCUGGGAAGACUGAAUCUGCAAUAGGUAAGCAGCUUGGUUUGAAGAAAUCAACUGUGGGAGCAAUUAUUAGGAAAUGGAAGACAUACAAGACCACUGAUAAUCUCCCUCGAUCUGGGGCUCCAUGCAAGAUCUCACCCCGUGGGGUCAAAAUGAUCACAAGAACAGUGAGCAAAAAUCCCAGAACCACACGGGGGGACCUAGUGAAUGACCUGCAGAGAGCUGGGACCAAAGUAACAAAGCCUACCAUCAGUAACACACUACGCCGCCAGGGACUCAAAUCCUGCAGUGCCAGACGUGUCCCCCUGCUUAAGCCAGUACAUGUCCAGGCCCGUCUGAAGUUUGUUAGAGUGCAUUUGGAUGAUCCAGAAGAGGAUUGGGAGAAUGUCAUAUGGUCAGAUGAAACCAAAAUAGAACUUUUUGGUAAAACUCAACUCGUCGUGUUUGGAGGACAAAGAAUGCUGAGUUGCAUCCAAAGGACACCAUACCUACUGUGAAGCAUGGGGGUGGAAACAUCAUGCUUUGGGGCUGUUUUUCUGCAAAGGGACCAGAACGACUGAUCCGUGUAAAGGAAAGAAUGAAUGGGACCAUGUAUCGUGAGAUUUUGAGUGAAAACCUCCUUCCAUCAGCAAGGGCAUUGAAGAUGAAACGUGGCUGGGUCUUUCAGCAUGACAAUGAUCCCAAACACACCGCCCGGGCAACGAAGGAGUGGCUUCGUAAGAAGCAUUUCAAGGUCCUGGAGUGGCCUAGCCAGUCUCCAGAUCUCAACCCCAUAGAAAAUCUUUGGAGGGAGUUGAAAGUCCGUGUUGCCCAGCGACAGCCCCAAAACAUCACUGCUCUAGAGGAGAUCUGCAUGGAGGAAUGGGCCAAAAUACCAGCAACAGUGUGUGAAAACCUUGUGAAGACUUACAGAAAACGUUUGACCUGUGUCAUUGCUAACAAAGGGUAUAUAACAAAGUAUUGAGAAACUUUUGUUAUUGACCAAAUACUUAUUUUCCACCAUAAUUUGCAAAUAAAUUCAUUAAAAAUCCUACAAUGUGAUUUUCUGGAUUUUUUUUUCUCAUUUUGUCUGUCAUAGUUGACGUGUACCUAUGAUGAAAAUUACAGGCCUCUCUCAUCUUUUUAAUUGGGAGAACUUGCACAAUUGGUGGCUGACUAAAUACUUUUUUCCCCCACUGUAUAUAAAAAUAUUAUUUUAUGAACAUUUUAUUUGGCCUUACUGCUAUUAUCCCAUGAAAACCUAUUUAACAGAUUCACUACACGGAACAACAGAUAGUUCCCACAAAAAAUGAAAGAGAAGUUUGUUCUGAAGUGUCUGUUCUAUAUCAGAGAGAUAUAAGAAAGAUCAGGAAAUAUUAUUAUUAUUAUUAGUAUAUAUUUUUUUACAUGUAUUUAACCCCUUGGUCAGGGAGGUGACCAAGAACCCGAUGGUCACUCUGACAGAGCUCCAGAGUUCCUCCGUGGAGAUGGGAGAACCUUCCAGAAAGACAACCAUCUCUGCAGCACUCCACCAAUCAGACCUUUAUGGUAGAGUGGCCAGACGGAAGCCACUCCUCAGUAAAAGACACAUGACAGCCCAUUUGGAGUUUGCCAAAAAGGCACCUAAAGGACCUCUCAGACCAUGAGAAACAAGAUUCUCUGGUUUGAUGGAACCAAUGUUGAACUCGUUGGCCUGAAUGCCAAGCGUCACGUCUGGUGGAAACCUGGCACCAUCCCCCUACGGUGAAUCAUGGUGGUGGCAGCAUCAUGCUGUGGGGAUGUUUUUCCAGGGAGAGAUGAACGGAGCAAAGUACAGAGUGAUCCUUGAUGAAAACCUGCUCCAGAGCACUUAGGACCUUAGGCUGGGGUGAAGGUUCACCUUCCAACAGGACAAUGACCCUAAGCACACAGCCAAGACAAUGCAGAAUUGCCAAGAAGACUCGAGGCUGUAAUUGCUGCGAAAGGUGCUUCAACAAAGUACUGAGUAAAAGGUCUGAAUACUUAUGUAAAUGUGAUAUUUCAGUUUUUUUUUUAUACAUUUGCAAACAUUUCUAAAAACCUGUUUUUGCUUUGUCAUUAUGCGGUAUUGUGUGUAGAUUGAUGAGGGAAAAAAACAAUUUAAUCCAUUUUAGAAUAAGGCUGUAACGUAACAAAAUGUGGAGAAAUUCAAGAGGUCUGAAUACUUUCCGAAUGCACUGUACUUCCAUUAAUUUUUUAAACUGGUACUGGGGGACCUUCAGGCUAAUCUUGUGAGGCCUGUGGGCAUCCUAAAGAACCAAAAUGUACGCGUUCGUGAGAGUUUCACCUUUACACAGAGGGGUCAUAUUAGUGUGUAGUCCAAACUGUUUGGACGCUACAGAAAGAAGUUGGAAGAUCGACUGUAUCGACUUCAGACAAGUUCCAAGACGCUUGUGUGGUCGUAGAGCAAAACGGAAAACACCAUCGUGUUCGUGAGAGUCUGAUAUUUCCAUAGAGGGGUCAUUAGUUUGUAGGUCAAAUCAUUCGGACGCUAUAGACGAUUUUGUGAGAAGACCGAUUUUCGGGAUGUCUCAUGGUCUGACAAACAUCGCUCUAGCUCUGUCACCUUUCACCUCUAGCUCUGUCACCUUUCACCAGAUGCGGAAGUGCGACAUAGGCGGAUGCGGUGGAUUGAGAAGCAUCCAAUGCAAAAAAACAGAUAUCUCUAGCUUAAACUGACAGAUUUUUCAGGGGAAUUUUUUAUUAUGCUAGUUAAUUUCCACAGGGACGUGGACAUCGGCCUUAGGGUGUUAAACACUAUUAUUGCACACAGAGUGAGUCCCUGCAACUUAUUAUGUGACUUGUUAAGCAAAAUUUUUGUCCUGAACUCAUUUAGGCUUGCCAUAACAAAGUGGUUGAAUACUUAUUGGCUCAAGACAUUUCAUCUUUUCAUUUUUUAUUAAUUUGUACAAAUUUUGAAAAACAUAAUUCCACUUUGACAUUAUUGGGUAUUGUGUGUAGGCCAGUGAUACAGAAUCUCAAUUUAAUCCAUUUGAAAUUCAGGCUGUAACACAACAAAAUGUGGAAAAAGAGUCAAGGGUUGUGAAUACUUUCUGAAGGUAAUGUAUGUAAGAGGCUUUGGAGCUGAUUGGAGGAGACGAGGCGGAUUCAGCCAAUCGUGAAGAGGAGUGGCUUGAAGCUAAGGUUUUGUUUCUUGAUUGGCAUUUGGGAUUUGUGUCUUUCUCUGCUCAAUCUGAUGAGAUCAUUUUCAGCCCAUUUCUCCACACUGGCAUUGUCAGUAUACACACACACACACACACACACACACACACACACACACACACACACACACACACACACACACACACACACACACACACAAACACACACACACACAGUCUUGUACAGCUAACCUUGUGGGGACACACAAUUCAGUCCCAUUCAAAAUCCCUAACCCCUAAUCCUAAACCUAAUGCCUACUCUUCCCCUAACCCUAACCUUAACCCUAACCUUAACCCAAAAACCUAACCCUAACCCUAAACCUAACCCUAGCUCCUAACCCUAACACUAAAACUAACCCUAGCUCCUAACCCUAACCCUUGACGUAAUUCUAACCCUAACACUAAUUCUAACCUUAACCCUAAACCCCCUAAAAAUAGCAUUUGACCUCAUGGGGACUAACAAAAUGUCCCCAGUUGGUAAAAUUUUUGUUUGUUUACUAUUCUUGUAGGGACUUCUGGUCCUCACAAGAAUAGUUAAACACAUCCACCAACAUUAUCUCAUGGUUUGAAGUGUUUUUUACACAUUUACAUUUUAGUCAUUUAGCAGACACUCUUAUCCAGAGCGACUUACAGUUAGUGAGUGCAUACGUUUUCAUACUGGCCCCCCUGAGGGUGGAGGACCAACGUGUGGCCCAUCUACUGGAGGGACAGGUCCUGAUGGGCCUCAGCACUGGCACAGCCAAACUACAGGUGCGAGAGAGAGGGAGAGGGAGCUACAGCAUCGAUCCAUUUCUCCAAACGUCAAACUUUGAAGUAUUUUAAAUUUAAGGGUUAAGGUUUGGAUAACGUUAAAACAUAAAGUUUAGGCAUUCAUAACAAAUGAUUAAGUUAAGGGUAAAGGUUUGGGAUAGGAAAAAAAAAAAAAGGUAUUCCUCUGGGAUUGAAAACGCGAUCUUCGGAUCCAGAGUCAUGGGAGUCAUGGGAUUACGCCCAUCCACCACCCCCGUCCACUAAGCCCUAGCAAAACCCAAGACAACUUGAUGGUGCUCACUGUUGCCCCAGACGUCCAAUUUCGAAGUAAAUCUUGAGCGAUCUGGCUGCACACACACGCACACGCACACACACACACACACACACUUGAAUAGAGACUUCAAGGGCAUGGUCAAAAAAUGCCAAGUCUAUCAUCGAAAUCAUUACAGAGCAGAGGGAGAGAUUUAAAAUCUUUAGAAAUGGCAGAUUUUCUUUUGAAGGAUAUAAGAAUAAAAUAAAUACAUUCCUCUGGCUGUACAAACUUGCAUGACUAAUAUUUGCAUAGAAAUAAUUUGCUGUAACUCUUGGCCCUUAAAAGAAAAAUACGUAAUGUUGCAUCCUAUUCUUUCAUAAAGCAUUAGCCUACAUGUUGAACUUAGUUGCUUUUGUCUUUCUCUUAAUAACAUGUUUUCCUAUCCCCCCCCCCAGGUGUCGGAUCGUUGUGACUAUGUGUUUGUGAAUGGGAAGGAGACGAGAGGGAGGAUGAGGAUGGUGCUCAACUUCACCUACAGCUACCUCAGUGCCCAGCUGGAGAUGAGUGUGUGGAUGCCACGCCUCCCCCUGCUCAUCGACGUGGCCGACCCAGAGCUCAGCCAGAUCAAAGGCUGGAGGGUUCCAAUGGCGACCGGCAACAAGAGGUGUGUGGUUUUACCAGACAGUGAGAUGUGUUACCUGGUUCAUACUGCUUGGGAAACAGAUGUUCACAAUAAUUGCAGUGCAGAGUAAAAAACUAACAUUCAAGGAUCAUCUUCAAACAUCAUGUUAAUUAAGGUGGUUGUACCAUCACCUCCCAUAUAUUUACCACUUAUUUUUGAAGUUGCCUUGGAACCUAAUGUACCAGUCUGCCCACAUAUAAGUCCAUCCUCAUCUGGACGUUUAGAAUAACUGUGAUGAUGCUAAUGUCUUAAUCAUGACGCCUACACCUGUCUGUCCGGUAUUACGCUCCCUCUCUAUUGCCACCGCUGUUCUCUGGAUACCCAGGUGACGCCGGUGACUCAGGUGCUCUCUCUGAGGGGGUGUGAGCAGCUUAAGAAUGUGACUUUCAAUUAUUGUUGUGACUCUCAGUCACUUCUCUCUGUGACUCACUUACUGUCAGCCAGACGCAAGACUAACACGUCUGACAAUUCUGUUCUCAUCUCCUCAACAUUCUGUAAAUGUCCUUACAAAGGCAGUCAACCUUGUUCCUGUUUGUCGUGAAGGCGAGAUUGAUUGGUGGCAACGGCAUGUCUGAACAAGGAAGACAGAGAGAGAAGACUAGAGUUGGAGUCUGUCUUUCAUUUUCUCUCGUUGUUAUAGAAAGGACAGUUUUUCUAGGAAAUAUGAUGUCCUAGCUUGAUGCAUAUGUUUUUUAGCUUGAGGCAUGUGUUCUAUCGAUUUUUCAGUAGCCAGGCCACCAGGGGGCGCUCUAACACAUCUGCCCCUGUGCGCUUUAGUCCAGUGGGUAGGAGAGGUGAGAGAGCCAGUCGAGUCAUAUCGUGCUUCUGGAAGCGAGCUUAUUACACUGCCAGACCUUAUCUGACCUGACGGCCGUCCGUGAGAACACACCUCGCCUACUUUUCUUAAUUUUUCUGCUGCCCGCCGCUAAUGUCACCUGAGUUAGGCUGCCAUGUUCGUCACGCCGGUGAAUGGGGUGGUGGGGGAGGCAUGGAGGGCCCGGGCCUCUAAGCCAGGCAGCUCCAGCAUGUUAACCUGUCAGCCUGUUUUUCUGCCUGGACGGCCACACCUCAUUAACCUAAUGGAAGCUGUCAGUGUCACACUUCCCCUGGCCACCUGACCUGGCCCAGAGCACAGAGAGGAAGGGAGGGCGGGAGUAGAGAAAGAGAGAGAGAGUUGUUUUUAAAGAGAAUGAAUUCAGUGAAAGUGAGAAAGAGACUUGAAUGAGAAAACACAUAAGGUAGAAGUAGAGCGAGAGAAUGGGAGGUAGAGAGUUUAGAGAGAAUGGAGUUGAGUGGCGUCAGGGUAAUGGCCAUAGCCUCUUUGUUGACGGUCUGUCACAGUGCUCCGCCGUUUACAGGAGGUUAGAUUCCCUGGGCCACGCUCUGUCUGUCACUGGGCUGAACAGGGCUGCCUCUCCCUGGUCUGUACUUUACCUCAUCCUACUGCUGCUAAUCACAGUAGAUGAAGAACACUGGGUCCCAAUAGAUUUACAUUUUGGUAAUUUAGCAGACGCUCUUAUCCAGAGCGACAUACAACUAGUGCAUUCAUCUUAAGAUAGCUAGGUGAGACAACAACAUAUCACAGUCGUACUAAGUACAUUUUCCCUCAAUAAAGUAGCUAUCAGCAAAGCCAGUGCUAGUAGGAAAAGUAACAGGGUUUCAAUACCUCGUUCAAUUCAAACACUGGUAAAGAAUGGAGGUGAAGAUAAAGACAGAGAAGUAAGAGUAAUGGAGGAAUAGAAUAGAGUAGAGAACUAUUUGAUAUAUAAAAUACAGACGUUUCUCAAAAUAUCAAAUAACAGUUUGACCUUGCAUGUGAACAUAUUUUUAGUCAGAAAUUAGGUUGCAUUGAGAUGAUUAGAUCUGUUGCUUCGGAGUUAACGAAUACCCACGUCCAAAUAUGUCUGUGUUAACUGCAGUAAACUGUUGAUUUGAUUUACAUUUUCCUACUUAAAUGCUCCUUUUAUUCUGCUUCUGUUUUUUUUCCUUAUUUUUUUCCAGGUAUGAGAGGGUGAGUGUGGAUGAUGGUGAUGACAGGGACAGUGAGAAGACAGAGAGUGGCUGUGUCCCUCAGUACCAGAGCACCACGGUGCGCGUCCUCACACACUUUGUGGCCCUGGGAGUUGAUGGACAUGGCCAACAGGACUUCUUGCUGGGCAGUGAUUGGCAGGUGGAUGUCACUGACCUGGUCCAGGAUUUACUGAGGGUGGAGGACCAACGUGUGGCCCAUCUACUGGAGGGACAGGUCCUGAUGGGCCUCAGCACUGGCACAGCCAAACUACAGGUGCGACAGAGAGGGAGAGGGAGAUGGAGGGAAUGAGAGAGAAGUGAUUAAAGAGUGAUACAGCAGUCUGAACAUUUGAGUGUGAGUGAAAUGGCGAGAGAGUGUGAUUGAAAGGGGGAGAGACAGAGAUGGUGGGGUGAAAGAGUGGUAAUGAGAGCAUUAGUGUGUGUGAGAGAGCUAGGGACAGAGAGAAACCUUAUGAUUAAGAGAGAGUGAGAGAAAGAGAGCGCCUGCUUGGACAAAAUAAUAGAGGAUGGGUAGUGGAAGAAGAACGAUUGUAAAAACACAAAGUAAACGGAGGCUCUUUGCGAGUGAGGCUUUUAAAAAAGGUUACAGAAUCGAUCUCGGCACAGCACAAACACUUAGCCAAUCAGGGACUGACAAAGCAACGUGAGCCUGCGGCACGCCCAAUAAAGGCUGCUAAGUCUCAGAGUGCGUGUUCUCACACACACCACCAGACACCCCCCAUCCCAUGUAGAUGAUUACUAACAGCAGGCUCCUCUAGAGGGAGAGGAGGGGUGCCCUCUUACGGUGUAAAAUACAAUCGAUCAAGGUUUUUCCCCAACAACACAACAGCUCUUGCAAGGCCUGAUCCAUGGACAUACAUAUCCUCUCCUCAUUGGUGAGUUACAGUGUGUUGUUGGUGUACGUUGGUGUAUUACCUUUACGUUACCCAGGUUGGUCAGUUGAGAACCAUUUCUCAUUUCCAGUGGAGACACUGGCCCACAGACAGAAACACAGAGCAAAGAUAUCAUAUUGGGAAAUGGAUGGAAAUGAUAUAAAUCGUUGCACUGUGUUGUCCCUAUAUUUGUGUGUUAUUUUGGAUGGUUUGAGAAUGACUAUGACUCAAUAACAGUGGAGAGGAACUUUAUGAAGUCAAAGUUGUUUACCCUGUGAUCAUUCACUCUGCUACAAAGCCAUCAUGUCCCUGCCCUGUCCUGCUAUUAUAGGUGGCUUAUUACAUACACACACUCACACACAGAGAAACACACAUGUAUGCAUAUGCAUGCACACACACCACACACACACGCACGCACACACACACACACACACGCACACACACACACGCACACACACAUAAACACUCAAAGUAAAAAAAAUACAAUGUUUUAAUCCUCCCCUCCUUCAUAUGCUGAUCACUCACAUGCAUAGAAACACACAAAACAGAACACACUAUGCUUUUCCAUCUCUCUUCAUUCAUUUUUUCCUCUCCCCCCUGAAGCGCACACACACUGCACUCAGAGAAACCCACAUGCAGCAGCCUCAGUAUUAACAAUGCUGUUAGAGAGGCUGUGAAGUUUUAUUUGAUAGCAAAAUUGCCUCUUGCUUCACUGGAGUGAUUUUAGAUCCAUCUACAAGCAAGAGGGUCUUCAAUUGUCUGGAAUUACAUUUCGAUAAAAAGCAGAGCAAUCACUGCAAUUGGCAUGGAGGGUCUUGGAAUCAAACUAUCAAAGUGAAUGCUGAUGAAAGGGGAGUAGAUGGCCCUGGGUCUCCACGGUAACCAAAGAUCCAACCCAUUUCAUGUGUCAGAUACAUCUCUGCCUGCCCUGCUGUUUGAGCUGCCGCUAAAUUGAUAAAUCACUCUACCUCAGACAAACCGGUUAUUAGCUUUAAGAGGCACAAUCACUGCUUUUCCCAAAGACCUAACACUUCCAUUAGUAACUACUGCAGGGGAAAGCUUACUGAAAGCUUCAAAUGCAGCAUUGAUUGGUUCAUUGUUUUGCUAUUCAUGUCUUUACAAUGUCACCAACAGAUGCAAUUAAAGGCCCAGUGCAGUCAAAAAUGUGAUUUUCCUGUGUUUUAUAUAUAUUUCCACACUAUGAGGUUGGAAUAAUACUGUGAAAUUGUGAAAAUUAUGAUCAUGCCCUUUUAGUGUAAGAGCUGUUUGAAAAGACCGCCUGAAAUGUCAGCCUGUUUUGGUGGGAUGGAGUUUUGGCCUGCCUGGUGACAUCCCCAGGCAGUAAAUUAGUUAUUAAACCAAUAAGAAAGAGAGUUCCAAACUUCUCUGCCAAUAAUGGGUAGUUUUCAGUUUUCCCAACACAGUAAGUUACUUAAUUGUUACCCAGAUAUUAUUUCAUAUUGAGAUAAUCUUGAGGAUAUUGAGGAAGUUAGAGGUAGUUUCGCAAGCCAAUGCUAACUAGCGUUAGCGCAAUGACUGGAAGUCAUAGCAUGCUAGCAGAUACCCAUAUACUUCUAGUCAUUGCGCUAAUGCUAGUUAGAAUUGGCUUGUGAAACCACCUCUAACUUCCUUCAUACUGGACACAGAGACAUAAAAAUGGUAUCCACGAGUUCAUCUGACUCUGGGGAAAUAGAGUAAUUGCCAAAAUCCCAAUUUAGAUAAUGUCCGCCUCUUUACUUGGUUAGUUACUUUUAUUUAAUGCUUAUUUUAUUUCACUUUCUUCUAGAGUAGAUUAAAAGACAUUGGAUGAGAAUGUGGUGGUAGGUGUUCUGCUGGAUUUUAGGAUAAAGCUUUUGGCUUAAUCUGACCAGUGACACAAUGUACCCACUUAGAUAAUAAAAUAGUCCUAAAGAGACCUAAAAGCACCAAGGUAACAACAAGGUAUUUCUACCUAUAUAAUCAUGACAGCAUAUGUAUACUUUUGACCCAGCCCUAGAGGUGCCACAGUACACAGAUCUGCACGGCUGGCCCUGUGUGUUCCCAGUGUGUUUACCAGUGUGGUGAGCAUGCAGCUGUGCAGCUCUAACAGUACGGUGCUGUAGAGGGGAAGUGUGUUGGCCAGCCUGUGGUCCUGUACAGCAGGGGUUCCCAAACUUUUUCACUCUGAGCCCCCUUCCAGCAUUGGGGAACAUUCCAGUCUGUGUGGAGGCUGGUGGUGGAGAAGAGGAUAAGGGUGGAGAGGAGACUCAGGCAUAAUGGGAGCAGAUGGGAGUGCUUCCCUUCUCAUCACACAUCACACACAUUUACAUGCUUACAUCUCCAGCAACCCAUCUCCAGCUCUUCCCUGUCCAUCAUUAAUCAUAAUGGCUUCAGUGUGAAUGCUUGUGUAGGUGAUGUGAAUAUAUACAAGGGGGGGGGGGGGGGGGGGGGUCUGUAUGUGUCUGUGUGUACACUAAUGUGUGUGUAUGAUGUUGCAGGUGAUGUCUCCUCUGUCUGACUCGAUCCUGGCUGAGCGGAUGGUCAGGGUUCUGGAUGACAAAGUGAGCGUGACAGAGCUGGGAGUGCAGCUGGUCUCUGGCCUCUCUCUGUCCCUCCAGCUCAGCCCAGGGAGCAACAGGGCCAUCGUCGCCACAACAACCACACAGGAAGUCAUGCAGAAACUCAAACAGGUUACCACACACACAUGCCUCAGCAUUGGCUGCCAUUUGAUCCUUUAUAGUGAAUAUGAUGUGUUUCUAAUGUCAAAUUAUUGAUCUAAUCUCAAUGAAGAGGUCUGCUUCUGAAACUAUGACAUAUUUUCAGAGGAACAGCUGCAGAGUACUCCUUCUCAUCUGAAGUUCUCCUCUGCUUUUAAAACGGGCUAAUUAAACAUAUCUUUACAUCUGCAGGGGUUCUCUCUCUCUCUUUACUUCUACACUCACUCUUUCUUUCUUUUUCUCUCUUGAUGAAGAUGAAAAGAUUAGACUCCUGCUGAUACCGGUUUCCUCUGUGUAGUAACAUAGUAACAGUUUAUAUUAUGACAGGGAAGCAUGCAUUCCUUUUAUACCUGCAGUAGUUAUGUGUCCCAUGGGGAGUUGGUGUUAUAGAGUGGACAUGUGGGUGGUGAUUGGUUUUGUUGAAGCACUGCUCAGACAGGGUGUUUUGGAGUUUACCCUUAUGAUAGAAGAACACUGAUGUCUUUGUGUGUGCAUGUGUGUGUUUGUGUGUGUGUGUGUCCUCAGGAGUCCCUCAUCAGUGCCUGGCUUCAGUUCAGCGAUGGCUCCAUGACCCCUCUGGACCACUACGACCCCGCCCACUUUGUGCUCACAGCCACCUCAUUGGACGAGCAGGUGGUGUCGGUAAGGCGAAGCGCGGAGUGGAAGUGGCCGGUCAUCGUGGCAAACGGCGAAGGUCAGGGGUUACUGGUGCGUUUGGAGAUGACAUCAUCAGAGAUCUGCCAGAAGACGAAGCGACGCACCAUUCUGGCAGCCGGGGUGGGAAAUGUCUGCGUUAGGUUUAGCCGCUCUGAGGAGCCGUACAGCCACCCUGGAGGCAAAACACGACCAGACCCGCCCCACUACGGAGGCUCCAUCUCUGACAUUGAGGCUGGGAUCAUGAACCGGGGGGCCACCACAAUCAAGGCGCCUGUCCCGGUGAGGCCCAAUGGAGACAGGCUGUCGGCUGACGGAGGAGUCCCUGGGGGGUUCUCUGAGUUCCCUGCCCAGGAGGAGCUGCCGCGAGGCCGCAGCACGGACGAGGAUCUGUUGUCGUCACGCCGCAGUCUCACUGACUUGGAGAUCGGUAUGUACGCCCUGCUGGGGGUCUUCUGCCUGGCCAUCCUGGUCUUCCUCAUCAAUUGCAUCUCCUACGCCCUCAAGUACCGCCACAAAGAGCUGCCCCUGGAGGCCCCCGAGGCAAUGCCCCAUGCCCACGACUGGGUGUGGCUUGGCCAAGAGGAGGGCCUGUGUCUGCAGCAGCAGCAGGACGAGCUGGGCAGCACCCUGGAAGAGGGCAGCCAGUUGCUGAACGGAGGUGUUCUGAAGGGCAGUGCCCAGGGAGGCUGCCCAGGAGGCAGGAACGAGUCAAUCAACUCACCCACCACCAAGAGGAAGAGGGUCAAAUUUACCACCUUCGCCAACAUCAAGCCCAGUAACGGAUGCCCAGUUCUGAGCCCGCUGGCACUCGGACAGACCACCGACAUUAAGUGGGUGUGUCCGGACAUCGAGCUGGGGGACUCGCAAGAGCUCCGGAAUUACAUGGAGAGGUUGAACGAGAAUGCUACAAAGAACAUUGUA